CAUGCACAUACUUGUUGUUUUGCGAAAGAGGAAAGCCGAUGGAGUCGUGGAAGUAGAAGUUGAAGUUGUUGAAUGCAAUAUAAUAUGCUCCUCUUUUCCACAAGAUGAAAGUGAGUCCGCCGUUGUCGAACAUGAACACCAACUUUAUUGGUUGUGGGCAACCACUGUAGAAAGAAAAGCACCCGAAUCCACCGCGUUUUGUCCCAAUUCGUGGCGGGCUACAACACGUGUUUCCAACGACUACGACGAGCAUGCAGUUGCGAAUUGUCGAGUGCGAUCGGAUUUUGGAGCCCGUUCUCGAGAUCUUCCUAAAAAUUCAAGUCUGCGAGCUCACACAGAGCGGCUGUCAUCACGUUUCUAAAGGCUACCGAAGACUCGAGGAGCUGCAUCCACAGGUUAGGACCUCUUGUUAUGUGCUCUUCCUUGAACUUGCUUUCUCUUUCAGCAUGCACUUGCAUUGUAAUCGCAAAUACGAGAAAGAGUAGAGAAAUUAGUCGAUGGUCUGCUUCAGUAUAGUGAACCGCAAUCUCCACCUAUUUCUUGUCCUUCGACGUUUCCACCCAGCUCGUCGCAUCCACGAGCGCUGUUGUAAGCGGGCAUAUUACGUUUCCAGAGUUUGUUUCGUUGGAACGAUUGCUAGUCGAUGAGGAUGUUUGUGUUUUAGCCUUGAAUGAUUGGCUUGCGCAGCUGGCGGGCAAUACUGCGAUACAUGGCGAGCCUUUAUUUCGGACGUUCUUUCAAUUGACUGAAGCAUAUGCGCAGACAGCAAGACCUGCUUCAAUACAGAGCCACAGCAUAAUUCGAACCAAUUACAACCACGAUCAACUAGAGAGUAGUGCACUGCCUUCCGGCAGCAGAGGCAGGGGAGCGGCAGGUGGGCUAAUCUUUCCGGACGGAAAUCAACGGGUAGAAGAACAGCGACACGUCUUACCUGGGCUUAUUCAACAGCAGGUGCAGAAUUAUGAUGAAGAC